AUGUCAAAAAUGGAUCAUCGCCCAUGGACUAUUGAUCGAAUCUUGGCUACAAUUCAGGCAACGACCGGUCUUGCAUUCACUUCCUUUGCCAUUUUACAUAUUGGAGGCCACGCCCUAGUUCAUUUUAACUUUGAUUUAGCCAACAAAGGAUUUCAGUUCGCCCAGAAAUACUACCGAAUCCCUUUGGUCGAGAAUGUAGCGGUCUUCGGGUCGCUCUUUCUGCAUGCUGUAGCAUCAAUAGCACGUUGGUGGAUAAGGAAGCCAGUUGUGCAGAGUGCAAACCCUCCUUAUGCUGUCAAGGAACGAAACUGGCAUAGAACUUUGGGCUGGGUGUUGCUUCCACUGGUUACUAUUCAUUUGUUUGCAGCGAGAAUAUUGCCAAUUCUUGUAUUGGGAAAAGCUGCGGCUGAUAAGAUCUCGGAUAUCUCGGCGGCUGUUCUGGGUGCUGUUGUCGCUCCCUCCCCACUGGUGCUGGGUCCUUUGACGGCGGCUGGAUUAAUUCACACGGCGUAUGGAACUGGUUACUCAUUGCAAACAUUUGGUGUAAAGAUACCAGCAGCUCCGAAAAUAUCGAGAGAGGCAUGGGUUUACGGAUUAAGUGCUCUUGGUGUCUCUACCUCGUUAGCCGUUUGUGGUUGGUAUUAUUCCCUUCCGUUUACCCCAACUCAAAUCCAUAUGGUUGCCAAGGUGUAUCAGCAUCAAGGAUUCCUCCAGGAUGCCAUAUCCAAGACUUUUGGAGCUCAAUAUUCCCUAAGACAUUGA